AUGAGCCCACCCCAUGCCACCCCCCUCGGGGCUCACCUGCUGUCCAGGACCAGCCAGCCCUGCUCCUGCAGCUCCUUUGCCUCCCCCGGCCCCCCAAACACAGCCUCCAGGCUGAGGUGGGGACUGCUCAGUGAUGGGGGUAAAGAGGUUCCCCCCCGUUACGUGUUGCGAAGUCUCCAGGAGCUGAAGAAAGAAGCCGCAGCCAGCGGGAAGCGUCAGAUGCCAGAUUUUAUUGAGGUUUCUUGUCAAGAUGUUACUCUGGCAGCUUCAAAAGAGAAGGGAAAGAAGAAGAAGGUUCAUCAGACUCUGCUACCAGAGCGCAAAGCUCUCAAGAACUGGCAUCAUCAUAUGACAACCAGGAAGACUCAGGAGAAGUGUCUGGGAGAAAUUCUUCAGAGGCCAGAGGAUGAACUGGUGAUGAAUGUCUCUGAGAAUUACAGGCAAAUCCAGGAAGAACGUGAACUCAUUGACCUGAGUCUCCCUACCCUGCUUCCUGGAAAGGGCCGUGGGAAAGGAAGCGAGUUCUGGAAGCAGCCCGAGCGUAUCGGAGAUGAACUCACUGGCCUGACAAUGACACUGACUCGGAGGGAACGUGGCUACCUAGAGCCAAUCACUCAUGUAGGGAACCCCCCUGCUGUCCAGCUGGAAACGGGUCUGAAGCCUCCAAAGAAGAUUCCUUUCCAUGAAACUUGGGAUAAGAGUCUUUUCCUGAAGCAGCGAAGGCAGGAGAUAAAACCUGUCAUAGAGGAGCUGGAUUUUUAUAAGCCGGAUCUGGAUGGACUGGAGGUGGUUGGUAAAGGGCAGCCUUUCACAUCUGUCUCAACUGAACCUUCUCAACAUUCCACCACUUCAGAAGAGUCUGAGACCCUCAGUGACUCCUUACAGGACAAGCCUGAUGUGGUUCCAGAAGCAAUACAGGGUCCAUCUUUAGAUUUUGGUGGCUAUCCUGCUCGUUGGAUCAACUACACCACCCCCUGCAGGGAUAAAGUUGGGAUUACUGCUGCAGUCAUGUUUGAGACAAAGAUGCGUGAGUUGGCUGAGAACUCUCUGACAGUGAGCAAUGAUGGCACAACAGCCAUCUGGUAUCAGUGGCUGAGGCUUCCAAAGGGGAUUUGCACCAAAGAAACCAAGGGGAUGAGGAUGCCAUGUUUUUACUUUGAUAUCAGAUCAGGUGUAAUUUUGCCUGGACAAACAAAGAAGUUUUGCGUUCUUUUCAAGUCAGGCAGAGCAGGUGUUUUCAGCGAGUACUGGGAAUUUAGGACACAUCCUGUGUUAUUAGGAGGAGCUUCACUGCAGGUGCUCCUUUGUGGACUUGCUGAGUAUGUGGAUGAAUGGGCUGAUGUAAGAGAGAAACUGCAGCGUGACCUGGAUGCUCGAGUAGCUGUUUCUAUAGCCAAGGAGAGUCUGAGGAGAUGUCUCGACCAAAUCCGGACCCCGGAGCGGUCCCCGUCUCCUCUGGAUUUCUGCAUCACAGAGGAAGAGCUGUUCCACCAAAAGAAUCCUGAGUUGCAUUAUCAGCAUCAAGUGGUGAAGCAGCUGCAUGAACUGUGGAGAAAGCACGUGGAUGUUCCCUCAGCCUUUGAGGUGAAGGAGCCCUCAGGCCAGGAGAGCAUCUCAGAGGUUGCCUCUGCUAAGAGCAGCGUAUCAGAGGUCUCAGGUUGGAAGGACAUGCUUGAGGAGGAUCUAGGUCUUAUUAUAAAUGUGGAGAAGGAAGAUGAAGGCCCCUCAGGAUGGAACUACUCCUUCGAGGACUUUAAGCAGGCUUUAUUGUCAGUCCCUGAUGAUGAGCAGAGAGAAGCAGCCCUGGCCCAGCUCAACAAGGCAAUAGAGGAGCUGCGUGUUAAGCAGAGGCCAACUCAGUGCAGCCUAUUGUAUCAAACUGGGCUCAUGCUGUGGAGUGAAACAAUUGACAAUAUGGUGAGUUGCUCCAUGAGGUUGAGAGCCUCUCUUGGGCUGCCUGAGAACACUGCCUAUCUUGAUGAUGAUGUUCAAAAGGAAGCAGAGGAAACAGUGGAGGUGAAGGACACUGUUUUGUAUCAACAAUACCGGGAAAGUCUUUAUAUUCAAGUUGGCCAGCUGUGGCAGCCCGGCACGGUGCACCUGACACCCUGCUGA